UUUCAACAGAAUCCUGAAGUGUUGAGGGAGGCUGAUGGCAGCACAGGAAGUCACAGCUGCUUGUAAAACAUUAGACUGACCAUUUGACCACCACCAGGGUCUUAUUGACACAAGCUGAGCCCUUCAGCAAACAUCGUCACGCGUGGGAGCUGAGGACGCAGCAUGGCCACCGGACGCCUCUUUGCAUUUUCCUUUCUUUUGUUCUUCAACUUUUGCCAGAUCUCUGGAAUACUGCGGAGACCAGCGAGCUCUAACAUCAGGCACGAUGGAGGCAUCGUUGUUUCUCAAAGAAUGUUUAGUGUCGCGCACAGAAGAAUAGUCUAUACAGAAGACAACAAAUUGUGCAAGUUUCCUUUUCGGCUGGGAGGACGUCUGCAUUUUUCCUGCAUUUCAGGUCUUUUCUUGAAGAGAGAUUGGUGUGCUACAACACGUAACUAUGACAGAGACAAGGAGUGGGGGUUUUGUGUCACCAACAGCAGUUUGGAACUAGUUUUUGAGGAUCAUUGUGCCAAGAAUCCUUGCCAAAAUGGUGGCACCUGUACCAACAUGCCACUCCUGAACACUUUCUUCUGUGUAUGCCCAGAGGGAUUCUCCGGACAUGACUGCGAAGAUGUCAAGUGCUUUGAUGAAGCACACUACCAGUAUUAUGAUACUGGAGACACCUGGGCCAGAAUUCACCAUGGAAGAGUGGAGCGAUGUACCUGUCAGAACAGCCAGAUAGAGUGUCACACUGGGGAGAGAUAUACAGCCUGCCUAAGCAACCCAUGCCAGAAUGGAGCAGCUUGUCGUUUGAUGAUUGCAACCGGGAGAUCUGUGUGUGGAUGCAGAGGAGGAUUUGUUGGCAAAUACUGCAAUAUUGAUGCCAGGAAGAAUUGCUAUGAUUAUGAGAACGCCACUGAAUAUAGAGGAACUAUGAAGAAAAGCCUUUCGGGCUUCAGCUGCCUCCGGUGGGAUUCGGACUUGCUUCAUCACGAGAUCCACAUUGGCACGGUGGGUGAUUAUAUCCGCAAAGGUUUAGGAUCCCAUCCAUACUGCAGAAGUCCUGAUGGAGAUGCAACCCCUUGGUGUUAUGUGAUGAAAGAUAACCAUUUGUCCUGGGAGCGCUGCCCUGUCCCUUUAUGUACUAAUAAGGCUCGGAGAAUUGUCAUGGAAGAUGAAUUUGCAGUCACCACAUUUGCCAAACCAAAGUGCGGGAAAAGACAUGAGAAGCGGGUCGUGCUGCGAGGCCGAAUUCUGGGUGGACUUUCAUCGCUUCCAGGAUCUCACCCCUGGCUGGCCGCUGUAUACAUUGGGCAAAAUUUCUGCUCUGGCACCCUUGUAAUGCCUUGCUGGGUGGUGUCAGCCGCUCACUGCUUCGCAGACAGCCCUCGGAAGUCAAGCGUGAGAGUGGUCCUAGGACAACACUUCUACAAUGUCACCACAGACGUCACACAGACAUUUGAAAUAGACCGAUAUGUAUUUUAUGACAAGUACUCUGUGUUCAAGCCCAAAGAACAUGACAUUGUGUUAAUCCGGCUGAAAAGAAAAGAUGGUGCUUGUGCAAAGAAGACUCAGUUUGUGCAGACAAUCUGCCUGCCGGAUGGCAUCACCUUUGAAGAUGGUCAUGAGUGUCAAGUGUCUGGAUGGGGGCGGACAAAAGAAGAUGCCACAGAGUAUUCCAAUUUUCUGCAGGAAAUCAAGGUGCCGAUAGUCUCUGAUAAUAAAUGCAGCAGCCCUGAAGUCUAUGGAUCUGAACUGAGUAAUAACAUGAUCUGUGCUGGAUAUUUUGAUUGUAGCAAAGAUGCCUGUCAGGGUGAUUCUGGAGGGCCCCUGGCGUGUGAGAAGGAUGAUAUCGCAUACCUGUACGGUAUUGUCAGUUGGGGAGACGGAUGUGGCCAAGAGAACAAACCCGGGGUCUACACUAAAGUAUCUAAUUACGUGCAAUGGAUCAACAGCAAGAUCAUGCCCAAAAAAACUGAUAAAAAGAGAUAACUGCAGGAUGUGAUCUUUUCAGACAAAUUUUUUUUAUUUUUUUAAGAAAUCAAUUUAAAGUUAAUAGAAUAUAAAAGAAAACAAUUUUAAUUAAAUAGUAAGUUGUUGACUGUGGACAUAGUAGUGCGGUUACUUUUUUAGUUUUCAUUUCAGAUGGAUCUCUGAUUUAGACUUUGUUCUGUGAACUGCUAUUAAUCAAUAGACAAUUGUUAUGUAACAUGGAAGAUGCUAAAAUGUAAUAAAAAAAA